AAGAACACCUCGAGGCUGACUGCCAUUCGUGGUUGCCGACCUCGUUGCCUUCUGGAGGCGUCAUCCUGUCUUAGACACGAGGGAAACGCGCGUAGCACAACUGCUCGCCUAAAGACCGGACCUUUGUUGUGUGGUCGAUCCUAAAUCCUUUGUUCCCAUCUCAUCCUGGCCCCACCUGGAGCAUUGUUUUUUCUUUAAUUUGUGUGCAAUGUCCAACCAGUCACCUCAGCGUCCUCGUAAAUCACAAAUUCAUCCAGCUUCUCAAGGCCAAAUGCCGCCCAGGGAGAAGUCACCGUCGCCUUCUUCAUUUCGUACGCGGACGAUCAAGGCGCAGUCUGUGCCAUCGGCUUCACAGAUAUUCACCUCUGCCCACCAACCCGCCCAGCCAAGCCCGACAGCGCCCACUAAUUCUAGGCGAUCACCCCCAAAUCCUCAGGUACAAAGGCUCUUACCUACGCCACCACAUCCUAGUCCCCCCGAAACCGCAGAGCACCGCAUGAGUCCUCAACCUUCCCAACCAUCACAUUCCCAGCCCAACGUCAAUACCCACUACCCCCGCCCCAUUAACCGCGUCCCCCCUCAACAAUUUCUCACGAAAUUCCAACAUGACGAGAACUGGCAAAUGACUGAGGAGCUCUUGGCCGAUAUCGAGCGCGCCGAUCUGCAGCAGUCGCAGAAUAGCGCUCAGCCUCCGAAUUCAUAUCCCAUGGGUUACAUACAAGCAGAUUCUCCCUCCAGAGAUCCUGCCGUCGAACGCAUUCGGGCAACGGAGAAAUCUAGUCCCAAAGACGUUGAUGGUCGCAGGCAACAGGCUCAGAGAGAAAGUCCAAAGGUUCGUGAUCGCCAACCCUCAUCUCCUUCAGCACAGAUCCAAGCCCCAGAGCUUCGUCAGUCGCCCGCUUACCAUACACCGAUGGGAAGCCCCGGAGAACACCCACCUACCCUGCAGAACUACGCUUCAUAUCAAUACGAUGCGUCACCGAUACCUAAACGAACUUCGGCUCCCAGCGGUGCUGACGGCCGACCUGCAUUGUCCCUCUCCACGCAGACGCCUCCUCUGCAAGCAAUACACACUCGCAGUCCUGAUAGGUCCCUUCCAGUGCAGGAAGAGCCCGAGGAGGAGCUCACCCACUUACUAUCGAACAAUGGGGAUAUCAGAGAUCGGGAGAAAUGGGCGGGUGCUGAUGUCGAGCACCAUCAGACGUCUCCCGCACCGUCUUCCGACCUCCAUCCAGAGGGAAAUUCCUCUCGUUACGAUCCCAAUCGCUCCUUUGACGGGAGAAGUAGUCGUGCCGGUCAUCGCGACGACGAUGACGAAACUCUCAUCGAGCCAGAUCAGCGGGAUGACGAAGAUGGCCAGUAUACUCCUCGUUCUCCCUCUUCAGGUCUGCCAGCAGACAUCCCCCAGGAUCGAUAUCAGCAGAACCAAUUCGUCAAACCCGGUCGGGGGAGGGCGCGUAAUGGGGUGACAGACCAGCUGGGACUGAGGGGAUUCGACCAAGCGCUGUUUGAGCCGCAUAGUGUCCCUCGCGACGUCCCACCCCAGUAUGUCGAACCCAGGAAACGAGUGGAGCAGCAGUAUUCCGAUCCACGCACUCGUGCCUAUACGCCACAGGUACAUUCCGACGACUUUGCUAGUCUGUUGGAUCAUCCGACAUCAGCUUAUAUUCAAGCCUAUUUGGCACGCUCUCCACGUCCAGAUGCACCUAUUCCCCCUACCCCGCAUAGCCAGACCUCGCCGCCUUCUCCCUCGCCGCUGAUAUCUGGUGGAUACGAUGCCAAGGAUCUUCCCCCAUUCAGCCCUGUCGCUCCAGCGGGAUCUCCUUAUCCAUAUCCGUUCUCUCAUGUACGGAGAUCCCAGGCGUAUUCUGGACAUUCCAAUCGUUCCCAAAUGCCAGUAAACUACGACCUAAAUAACCCAGCUGUUAUCCAGGAGCAGUUCGCUAAGCAGUGGUCUAUGUUUGCUCAGAACAACAAUCAUGGUCAGAUCACUGAUUCUACUUUAUCUCCGUCAUCGACUCCUUUCCCUACAUCAUCUUUCAACCCUUGGGCGUACUGGCACACUCAGAGGGUCCUGGGAGGCCGAUAUCCAGAUCCGAUAAGCAUUAGGUCAAGUCCUAGCCAUGAACCUAUUCCACUCCCACGCCCUGCAAACGUAGGCUUAAAGAAGAAACGCAACUCUACUGAUUUACGUACACAAGCUACCGGGAGAAAGCCUCCCCCUCGUGUGGAAAGUACUCAACCGCGAGAUACGAGUCCUGAACCGUCUACAUCUGGCGAGGAAACCGCCGGAGAGGAUACUCGUUUCGCCAUCGUAGAGGAAGGAGCCUGGGUGAACAGAGGUCAUGUCGACGAUGACGAUGAUGACUGGGUGGACGAGGAUGAAGAUCAAGAUGAUGAAGAUUUGUUAGAACUAGAAUACCAUCCUUCCUUUGUCAGCAGUGUCGAAAAACGACGUCGUCGAUGGGAGACGCGCUGGGAUGCGCUUGCUCAAGCAUUCCAGGCAGUUGAUCGCCAGACAGACGCUACGAUGGUCCUGAUGGCAGCUCCGUCCCACUCGACCAAGCUUCACAUGAUGACUUCGCGUUCAAUUAGGAGGCAGUCAUCGACUUUAUCUCGGUCGCCCAUGAUGCAAAGUAUGAGAUCAGGAUUCCGACAAUUGGCGAUCCAGCGCCGGCAGAGCCGUUCGCAUAGGUCCUCUUUGGCAGAUAGGUUCUUGACACCGUCGAGCAUGUCUGGAAGUGGGUCUGAUGGAAGCGAGUCGAGGGAGGAGGAUUUGAAGCGGGCUUUGGGCGCUGCAUUGCAGAGUCUGAAUACGUUGGGAGGUAUUUAUGAGCAACGGGAGGCGAGAUGGGUAGAGGAGAUGCAUCGUAUCAGUGAGGACCGUGAACGAGUUGAGCUUUUGCUCCGGCAGGUCUUGGGAGAAAGGCAAGCAUCGUCUUCAGACGCCGUUGGUCAUGCGAUUUAGAAAAUCUUUCUGGAAAAUCAUGCUGAACUCUAUGGUACAGAUAUGCAUAGGAAAACAUGUUUUAAAAUUACAUUUUGUACGUACUAGCACAGUCGUUACAUGCAUGUUACGCCAGUACAAAGUUUCAGGAAUAUAGAUUUGAUAUAGUCGGGGCACAAUUUCAAUAACGAAAUGAGGAGUUAUGUUCGGACAGUCAAAAAGUGGCAAGAAUGGGUGGAUAAUAUACGAC